CGCGGGUGGCCAGUGGGAAGGCGGCUGGCCCGGCCGGGCUCGGCUUCGGCGGGCUCCAUUGGCCGGGGGCUCCGCCGCGCCGUGCGCCCGCCAUGUGGCGCGCCUUGGAGAGGCCCGGCCUGAGCUAGCCUGCGCCGGACGCCUCCAGCUGCCCUUGGCGCUCGGAUCGGCGCGGCGGAGGCCCGCCCGGAGCAGCCGGCCAUGGGGUCGCCAGCCGGGGAGGAGCCGCCGCCGCCCGAUCUUUACCGGGACACGUGGGUGCGCUACCUGGGCUAUGCCAAUGAAGUUGGGGAGUCCUUCAGGGCUAUCGUGCCCGUCUCGUUGGUCUGGGCCAGCUACGGAGUGGCAACCGCUUAUGUGACGGCUGACGCAUUCGACAAGGGCAAGAAAGCAUCUGCUGCAAAGCCUGAGGGUGAAGGACAGAGCACACGGGCUGCGGUGGCCGUUGUGGACACGUUCAUAUGGCAGGCUCUGGCUUCUGUGGCCAUUCCCGGUUUCACCAUUAACCGGUUGUGUGCAGCGUCCCUCUACUUCAUGGCCAGCAUGACCCGCUGGCCCCUCUCGGUCAGGAAGUGGGCAACCACAGCCGUUGGCCUCUCAGCCAUUCCCUUCAUCAUCAAACCCAUCGACAGGUCAGUGGAUUUCUUGAUGGACGCCAGUCUCCGCAAGCUCUACAAGACUGAAGAGUGACUCCCUCUUCCUCUGGCUUGCCGAUGCCUACGACUGCAAAACCAGCCCUCGGCUCGUCCAUGCUCUGUGGCUGCUACCGCUCCUUUCAGACUCCGUGUUGUCAGGACUUUUUUUAAAAAAAGUUGAAAUCCAGCUUAGCAGGCAGAAACCUCUGCUUCACCAGUCCGGCUUGGUGCUGGGAAGGUGUGGGGGUCUAACAGGGCAACUCAGGGACUGUCCUGAACUCCAGCAUGGAGACUAGUUUGUUUCCUGGGUCAGAGGAACUACACAUGUCCAUCGAGCAAUCCUUUCAUGUCCCGUUCAGGCAAAGUCCACCCAACAGGGGGUUAGAAGGUACUUAAAGCACUGCUGCUCAACUUUGGGUCUCCAGGUGUUGUUUGGCUACCACUCUCAUCAUCCCAGGAUGCUAGCUGAGGGUGAUGGGAGUUGUAGUCCAACAACAUCUGGGGAUCCAAGGUUGAAGAACACUGACUUGAAGAAAUGUUGUGCUACAGAGUAAGGGACUGUUCCCUGAAAUAAGGAACAAGUGCCUGCCUCGCUUAGGUUUCCUGGCUGCUGUUCCUGGGAGCAAUGUGGACUAGCGUGCUGAAUGAUCCAUCAAAUUAUUCUGCACUGUGAAACCCCAAUAUGGGGAUGGUUAAUUGCACUAACUGUGUUAGUUCCAAAUGGCUGCUGUUACUGACGAUCUGAAAGAGAUCCUUGUAGUUACAUACUUCUACCUGGGUCAAUGAUAGUGACUGUUUUGGCAUGUAAGUGGUAUAUAAGUUAAUAAAUAAUAGGGCUUUAAACCUGA